AUGUCUUCCUACUUUGAUUUUUCAAAUCAAGAAAACCAAUUGGAAAAUUGUAAGAUUCGAACAUAUGCCAAGACAGCUUUACACAGUUGUGUCGUUCCUCAAAUUCUCACAUGUUCAUUAAGAACUAGUGAACGUAAAGAUAUUGUUUUUGCUAAGGAAACAGUAUUGGAAUUAUUAGAAAUAACACGUGAAGGAACUCUUGUGUCAAUAUUCGAACAACCAGUUUUUGGUACAAUAAAAGAUAUCAAAGUACUUCAUUGUCGUUUCUCAGAACCAAGUCUUCGAGUAAUUCCUGGUCAUGAUGUUUUAGUUUGUUUAUCGGAUUCAGGAAUUCUAUCAUUUAUUGCAAAAUCUGGAAAAUUUCUAAGUAUUAAGGAGAUAAAAUUGUCAGAACCUGGAUUUGAUUAUAAAGAUAUUGGAAGAUUGGUUUGUAUAGAUCCAAUGGGUCGUUAUAUAGCUGUAGCAGCAUGGCAAAAUUUAUUCCAACUAUUUUCACUCACUCAUGACUCAAUCUUUGAUUUUGAUGCUGCUGAACAUACAAAUAAAUAUUUAAUUGAUGGUAAUAUAAUUUUGCAUAUGACAUUUUUAUAUCCACAAGAUGAAUCCAGUAUUUUAUUGGCGUUGGUAGUAUUUGAGUGA